GUCCCGCAGCAUCCUCCAGCCGACUCGGUAGAGGCUCGGGCUUGGGCGGACGGAGCUCCGUGCGCAGGCGCGGAGUUAGACCUCGCCGUAGCCCCCAUCGCCUGGGGGAGUCCCAUCCACAGUGGGUCCGCUGGCCCGUCGGGGCGCUUUCCCUCCUCUACCCUCCCGGUUUCCCCGCGCGCCCUACGCACCCCGAUGGCGGAGCUGCGGCCUAGCGUCGCCCCCGGCCCCGCCGCGCCCCCGGCCCCUGGCCCUAAUGCUCCUCCGGCCUUUGCCUCACUCUUUCCCCCGGGACUGCACGCCAUCUACGGAGAGUGCCGCCGCCUUUACCCUGACCAGCCGAACCCGCUCCAGGUUACCGCUAUCGUCAAGUACUGGUUGGGCGGACCAGAUCCCUUGGAUUAUGUUAGCAUGUACAGGAAUAUUGGGAGUCCUUCUGACAACAUUCCUGAGCACUGGCACUACAUCAGCUUUGGCCUGAGCGAUCUUUAUGGUGACAGCAGAGUCCAUGAAUUUACAGGAACAGAUGGACCAAGUGGUUUUGGCUUUGAAUUGACAUUUCGUCUGAAGAGAGAAACUGGGGAGUCUGCCCCCCCAACAUGGCCAGCGGAGCUGAUGCAGGGCCUGGCCCGAUACGUCUUCCAGUCAGAGAACACCUUCUGUAGUGGGGACCACGUGUCUUGGCACAGCCCUUUGGAUAACAGUGAGUCGAGAAUUCAGCACAUGCUGCUGACAGAGGACCCCCAGAUGCAGCCUGUCCGGACACCCUUUGGGAUAGUUACUUUCCUCCAGAUUGUUGGUGUCUGCACUGAGGAGCUACACUCAGCCCAGCAGUGGAAUGGACAGGGCAUCCUGGAACUGCUGAGGACGGUGCCUGUUGCUGGCGGUCCCUGGCUGAUAACUGACAUGCGGAGGGGAGAAACCAUCUUUGAGAUCGAUCCACACCUGCAACAGGAGAGAGUCGACAAAGGCAUCGAGACAGAUGGUUCUAACCUGAGUGGUGUCAGUGCCAAGUGUGCCUGGGAUGACCUAAGCCGGCCUCCGGAGGACGAUGAGGAUAGCCGGAGCAUCUGCCUGGGCACACAGCCCCGGAGGCUCUCUGGCAAAGACACAGAGCAGAUCCGGGAGACCCUGAGGAGAGGACUUGAGAUCAACAGCAAACCUGUCCUUCCACCAAUUAACCCUCAGCGACAAAAUGGCCUCACCCAUGACCGGCCCCCAAGCCGCAAGGACAGCUUGGGAAGUGACAGUUCCACGGCCGUUAUCCCCCAUGAGCUGAUCCGCACUCGGCAGCUCGAAAGCGUGCAUCUGAAAUUUAACCAGGAGUCAGGAGCCCUCAUCCCUCUGUGCCUCAGGGGCAGACUCCUGCAUGGCCGGCACUUCACCUACAAGAGUAUCACAGGUGACAUGGCCAUCACAUUUGUGUCCACGGGAGUGGAAGGCGCCUUCGCCACCGAGGAGCACCCUUAUGCAGCUCAUGGACCCUGGUUACAAAUUCUGUUGACGGAAGAGUUUGUAGAGAAAAUGUUGGAAGACUUAGAAGAUCUGACUUCUCCAGAGGAAUUUAAACUUCCCAAAGAGUACAGCUGGCCCGAAAAGAAGCUCAAAGUAUCCAUCCUCCCCGACGUGGUGUUCGACAGUCCAUUGCACUAGCCUGGGCUAGGCCCUGCAGGGGCCAAGAGGAGCUCAGCUGCUCUCAGUGACUUCCAGUAUGACAGCGUAUAAAGGAGACUCCCAUGAAUAAAAGGGCAAGUGUGAGGAUGACUGCAAAGCGCUGAACCCCCAUAGGCCCUGCCUCACCUCCUGCUCAGGGGCCUCACUCCCAGCUGCCAAGCCCAUGUGACUAGGCCCCUGUCCUACACGCCAAUGAGGGAGUGAGGCUGCACCUGCAAACACUCCUGGCCCACCUGCUACUGCUGCAGGGUUAACUGAUGUGCUCCUGGGGAGCGAGACACCAUUUUAUGCAGCCUGGUGUACAGAGCACACUGUGGAUGCACUGCCUGGUUCAACCCCAGAGAGCUUUGGCUCAGUCAGGCUGCUCCAGCCUGCGGAAUGAUGGCUCCCGUCACGAUUGUUUUUUCCUUCCUUACUAUGCUGUGGAAACUGGAUGGUAUUUCUAUUGCUCAGCAGAGACGGUCCAGAAGCCAUGUAUAUAGUGAUCUUUAAACAGGACUUAUGCCUAGAUGAACUUUAUCAUUCUCUUAGACAGGGAUCUGGGGGCUCUCUGCCUGAGAAGGUGCUUGGUGCUGCCUGUCAGCUCUGGGCCCCAGAGGAGCCUGGGAACAACUGACACACACUCCAUGCAGUUCCGGGUUCAGAUUUGCUGUGGCCUGAAAGAGGUGCCACGGUCUUCCACGUGAACUAGGCUUUGUACAAGGCUCCGGGGACUUUAGGGACUCAAAGACAUGGUGGCCCUAGCUAUGUCUUCCAGUCCUUUUCUACCCAACCAGGCCUGCCAAGGAGAGGGCAAAGCUCACCACCUCCCCGUCCUGUGACCUAGGGCUCCAGCUCUUUGUUUCCCCCAUGCCCUGG